AUGACAAAUCAGUAUGGUUGUAGAUGGUUUUUUAUUCCAUCAUUAUUGACGAUUAUUUGGUUUAACGGACAGGGGUGUCAAUCGUUUCCGAUAGAAAAUGGCAUGGUGAAAUCAAUGGAAAAUAGUGAUGUCGGCGCUCUAUUGUUAAACUUGCAGGGGAAUUCCCAUGGUGGUUUCUCGAAUGAAGACGUCAUAGCAGCAGUACUGAAUAAAACUGGCAACCCCCUUCACCGGCACCUCUUGUCAGGGGACAAUACCAGGGACGCUGCCUAUGAUUUGGACUCGGAAAUUCAAUCGAUGUCCACUCGAAGCUCAUCACCGUGGAUGGUGCUAGUCAUGUUGGGAGGAUGCAUGUCAGUUAUUGUCGUGGUGUACGCUGUAUUGAUUCAAACAUCAGUCCAAAAAGAUGAAGUGAAACGUAAAAAUAGUUGCUUCUAUCGGCUAAAUAUGCAGUGUAUGAAAUGCUUCAGACCUUCGUCAACGGACAUCCAACAACAUACUAAUUACCCCGUGUAUAUGGUGAAAGGUAUCGACUGUUUUCGACUCGGAGAAGAGGGAAUAAAGUCCACGGAAUUGAAAUACCAGACACUGACGUGCCUAAGUGAAAAGAAUGACGAUAUCUACACUGAAAGACGUGAUUCUGGUGUUGAGUGUUACUCUCCCACGGACGAAUUAAAACAAAUUCUCAAUGAUGAGAUGCUGUGCACGGAAAUACGCGGCGCUUUCAACUGCCAAGGUGGAAUGAUGUUCUCUGAAAACUCCGAUGUCAAGUUAAUCAUUCCAGAGGGCGCACUUCACGGCGAGGAAAUGAGGGAAUUGUACGUUAAAGUGUUUGUCGAUGUCGCUAUUUUUGCUACCAAAAUGGCAAUCGACGACGAUUCGUUUAUUAUGACUCCUAUUGUAGAAUGUGGGCCACCUGGACUUCAAUUCGAGAAACCCGUGCAGUUGAUAAUACCGCAUCGCGUGAGGGUUCACCGUGAUGCCAAGAAUAUAGUGGCCAAGACCACGAGUAACUUGUUCCGUGCCUUCUACAGCAAUAAGAAAUUGUCAAAUAUGGCGACACAGAAUGACAUUCCUAUUAACUUCAUACCGCACAUGAACGACGCAUGCUCACACAAGCCAGCAACGUCGAUAUCCUUCAACGUGACCGGACAAUUUGUGAACAUCAGCACUGAUCAUUUUACCUUAUUUGGUUGUAUUGGUCCACGGCAGAAACAUAAUCUUCACCUCCAGACUUUUGCUUAUUACAACAACUCGACUGAUAUCGCCAAUAAUAGACUAUUAGUGCAGUAUAGACUGUAUAUAUGUUCACCUGACAAAGACAGGCGAAAGAGCAUCGAAGAGACCGAGAAAUCACUCGGAGGUCGUCUAUGUACUCCUAUCAAACCAUUCCACCUAUUAAGUCAUCAUGACGUCAGCGUCGAGAUACAACUGGAACAAAUCGAUGUUUGGAAGUUAAGAAGAACACCGGAUAUUGAUCAGGUAAUAUGGCGACAAUUCAAUUUCUGUCUAUCUUGGAAGCAAUAA